AUGGCAUCCGCCUACACACUCCCGCCAAGUUCCCCCAACUGGGACGGCGUCGGCAUCUUCUACAUCUCGUGGUGCGCAACAUGGACGACCCUCGUCCUCGCCGGCAUGAUCUUCUGCUGGCUCAACCGCAGCCUCCCCGUCCUCAAGAUCCGCGGCCUCCCGCUGUCCUUUUGCGCCAUCGCCUUCCUGCACUUCUACUGGAUCCUCGCACAAAUCACGUAUCCCGUGGGGCGCACCCUGCCGCUCGUCCUCGCGUACGACAUCCAGUACUUCUUCAUGAGCCUCUGGUUCCCGCUCGGCGUGGCCUUGUUCCACGCGUCGAACCUGCGCUUCCUCCGCGUGGCUCAGCUGCAGAGGCAGUUUACGCAUCCGGCUGCUCGUCGGGUUGAGCCGGCCUGCAGCGGCGGCAAGGCCUCAUGGCUUUGUCGUCUGAGGGGUUAUGAUCAUACGAAGCGGUCGCUGCUCUUCAUUGGCCUUGGGAUGGUCGUUCAGCUCCUGCUUGCCGUUGGCAUGUGGCUAGCUUGUCGAAAAUACCAUCCCACGUUUGGCAUUCCUGGAACCGAACUUCGCGGCGCGACAAUCGCGGAGCAAGUGGUUGAGCUGGGCCGCGGCUGGGAGUGGUGGCCUUCGGUUCUUUGGCAGGUCGUCUGGACGUGGAUUGUUGCGCCCUUUCUGACAUGGCGAGCAUGGGGGAUCCGUGAUACCAUGGGAUGGCGGACACAAACCAUCGGCUGCUGCAUCUCCAAUCUCCAUGCGACACCAAUGUUCAUGAUAGCAUCCUACGUUCCCGCCUUUGAUAAAGUGAAUCAGUAUUUUUCACCUAGCCAAUGGAUUCACCUUUCCAUCCUCAUGUUUGAGAUAUUCACAGUCUUCGUCCCCGUCGUCCAGGUGUUCAGAUUCUGGGCUCAGCAGAAGAAGGCAGCCCGUCUGAAUGCCGAAUGGGACAGCUUGUCAACUGCCCACACGCUCUGCGCGUCUCCAUCGGAAGACUGGAUAAUCUCCACCAAGUCCUCGACAUCAAAGAUGAGAGCGGUCGAUUUAUUUGAUGAAGAUCUCGGCGACCGCUUCCUGACAAUGAACGUCCUGGAGCAGGUCCUCAGCGAGGAUCCCGGCCCGCUGCAGGAGUUCUCCGCCCUGAGGGACUUUUCGGGAGAGAAUAUUGCCUUUUUGACCACCGUUGCGAAAUGGAAAUCCUCCUGGACCGAGAAAGUGAGCAGCGAACAGAGGCUGCAGGUGUACAACGGCGCACUGGAGAUUUACAUCGACUAUAUCAGUCCCAAAGACGCCGAGUUUCCCCUCAAUCUGUCGUCCAGCGAAGUCGGGCGUAUGCAGGACAUGUUUGAGGAGGCCGCUCGCAUCGUCUGCGGAGAGUCCAAUGUCAACUCAGCAACACCUUUCGACGUUGAAGUCGCGCCUUUUCAGAUUUGUGAGACCGACAGUCCUUUCAAGUCAAAUUGCAGGGGCACCCACAGGGCGAAAUACCAUGGGGAAGUCCCUGACGUGUUUGAUGCAACAGUUUUUGACAGCAUAGAGAGCCAUGUCAAGUACCUUGUCUUGACAAAUACUUGGCCAAAGUUUGUCGACGAGAUGACGCGGUCUAGGAGGCGGCGGUCGACUGAGACGGCGCGAACAGAAGGGACGUGGAAGUCGGGAUCAACCCUCACGAAUAGGAUAAUGCAUUUGGUCAAUCGGAUUAUCUAG